ACCACAAGGACAUCAGAUCAUGAUCUGACUGUGUGGGUGGCCAUAUAGGCAAGACCCAUAGAUAUAUUCAGUGUGUGUUCCACCGCAAAAGGAAGAAAUUUUGCAUCAACUGACUAAACAACAAAGACCUAUAACAGCGUUUGACAGAAAGCAAUUCUAAGACCUUGGUUAAAGAGAAGACAACCUUUCUGAGCAUAUCUUUGAAACCCAUGGAACCUACAAACGGCAUUUGGAAAGCCAUCUUGAUUACAGUGUACACAGUGGUGUUUAUUGGAGGGGUGUUUGGAGCCAUCAGAAUAUCGUUUCUGCUGGUCAAAAUGAAUACUUUGUCAGUGACCACAACAGCAGUCAUAAAUCUGGUGGUGGUUCACAGUCUUUUCCUUGGAACUGUGCCAUUUCGGCUGUACUACUACACCACGGACAAGUGGGUCUUUGGGCAACCCUUCUGUAAAAUUGUGAGUGCAAUGAUACACGUCCACAUGUAUCUCACCUUUCUAUUCUAUGUGUUUGUUUUGGUAAUCAGGUGCCUUAUAUUCUUUAAGUGGAAAGAUAAGUUGGAGUUCUACAGGAACCUGCAUGCUGUGGCAAGCAGUCUGGCUAUAUGGAUUCUAGCUGUUGUUAUUGCUCUGCCACUCAUCCAUAUUUGGUAUGGGACAACGGGGCAUUAUGAGAACGCCACCUGUUUUAGAUUUCACCAGGAGCUAAAGAACAACUCAGUGAAAGAACUGAACUAUGCUGUCAUUGCUGUCACAGUUGCAGUUACUUGCACUCUUUUGGCCCUGCAAGUUUUCAUCAUUCUAAAAGUGGCAAGCAGGCUAUCAGGAUCCCUUUGUUCCCACCAAGAGUUUCGGGCACAGUUAAAAAGUUUGGGUUUUGUGUGGGUCAUAAUUCUUUGCUUCCUUCCUUAUCACUUUUUCCGGAUUUAUUACAUUCAGCAAUAUGAGAAUGAUUCUCGUUUGGAGAUGUACAAUGAAAUUUGGUUGAGUAUCACUGCAAUCAGCUGCCUUGAUUUGUUGUCCUUUGUGUUAAGUGGAAGCCUGUCCUGGAGGCGAGGAAGCAUUCUGUUCUCAUGCUGUCAAACAACAAUCUGCUGCAUAGCGACAGGUUCUCCUGCUGGAUAGGAGAAAGGUAUAUAG